UGAUGACUGUUUAUAUUCAAUACAAACUUUUUUGUUAUUAUUAUUAUUUAGUUAAUUGAAAUCAUAUGUCUUAAACAAAUAGUGAUUUUUUGUUUGUUUGGUGGAUCAGCUUUACUAGUGAUCUGUUAAGAAGAUAUAAAAAUACAAAAUGAAUACUAUUAUACAGAUACUGAUCAACUGUUUGAUGUCGAUGACAGCCUUUUAUAUUACUUUGAAAGCUAUACCACAAGUCAGACAAUUGUUCAUCAAAGCCAACCUCUUUGGUAUCGAUCAAUGCAAACAAAAUAAAGACAAAAAAGUGGCCGAAUCCCAGGGAGUGGUCGCCGGCUGUGUAUAUCUGGUGGUAAUGUUUCUGUUUAUUCCCAUACCGUUCACGUCCUCUCAACCGCUCGGCAAUGAAUGGCUGUUUACUCUCGAAGAUUUUAGACACGAAGUGUUCGCUCAAUUCAUAAGUGCUUUGCUAUCCAUCUGUUGUAUGAUAUUCUUGGGCUUUGCCGACGAUGUACUCGACCUAAGAUGGCGUACAAAACUAUUGCUGCCAACGAUAGCAACUCUACCGCUGUUAAUGGUCUACGGUAUUACAUAUAACAAUACAACAGUAAUAGUUCCCAAACCGUUACGCGAUUUAGUUGGCUAUAGUGUUAAUUUGGGACCAAUUUAUUACCUGUAUUUGGCAAUGUUAGCCGUAUUCUGUACGAAUGCCAUCAACAUUGUGGCCGGAAUUAACGGUAUAGAGGCCGGUCAGGGUCUGGUCAUUGGACUAUCGAUAAUAGUCUACAAUAUAAUCGAGUUUAUCGGGUCAUCGGAUCAAUGGCAGUGUCAUCUGUUUUCAUUGCACUUUAUGCUGCCGUUUGUUGCCGUAACGGCAGCCCUACUCUACCAUAACUGGUAUCCGUCGCAAGUGUUUGUCGGCGACACGUAUUGCUAUUUUGCCGGAAUGACCUUCGCUGUGGUCGGCAUUUUGGGUCACUUUUCGAAAACAAUGCUAUUGUUUUUCAUACCACAAGUGUUUAACUUUUUGUUUUCUUGUCCACAAUUGUUUCAUUUUGUCGACUGUCCCCGACAUAGACUACCCAAAUAUGAUGUCAAAACCGAUAGAGUAUACGCCAGUACUUUCCGAUUGAAGACCAAUGAAACCAAACCGUUGGGCGCAUUGUUUAUUGCAAUACUUCGUACUUUACGUUUAGUUGAAUACCGAAAGGUUAGCGACAACGACGCCGAUCCAAAAAACAAGACAUUAGUGGCCACCGGUGUUGUCGGCGUCAACGAUACCUACGAGUGCUCUAAUCUGACGAUAAUUAAUCUAAUUUUAGUCAAAUUCGGUCCAAUGAAUGAAAAAUAUGUUACAAUUAUAUUGUUAAUCAUUCAAUGUUUGUGCACUUGUUUAGCAUUUUUCAUACGUUACGGAAUAAGUCGUAUAUUUUAUUGA